GCGGUCGGGCGGGCGGGCCCGGACAGGUCGGAGUAGGCGCGCAGCAAGAUGCCCGGCAAGAAGAGCCGUGCGCCGACCUCGACCCCGGACCAGUGGGUGGUGCUUGCCCCAGAGUCUGCUAUCGAUGCACCAAAGAAGAGAGGUUCUGGUCCUGUUUUUACUAAACUUCGCAAUCCUAAAACAGGAAGUGCUGCCUUGUACCUUUUUAGCAGUGAUUGCAAGCAGGUUUAUGAAGUGAAGGCUUUUGAUGAAGACUAUCAUUCUUGGUUUAUUGGUCAGUCUGUUCAGCGUGAUGGAAGGCUUCUCUUUGUUACUCCCCUGGAUCCACUGUUUCUGGUACUGCCAUACUUUAUUAAUGCCAAUGAAAAGCAAGGAAAAUUUGAGCCAGCCGAUCAAGUAAUAAAGGAUGAAGAAUUUCCUGCAUGUGCCAGUCUACUGAAAUGUCCAAGAACUUUGGAAUCACUCCAUCAUGUCACUGAUGAGAAAGGAAUGGGUGAUCGAAAGUUUUAUAAGUAUAACAGAGAGAAAACCCUUGUGUGGCUAAAAAAGAAGGUUGAACAGACUGUUAAAACACUGAAGAGCUCUGGUGUCUCUGUUGGUGGAGGUGUUCAGUCCAGUAUGUUGAUAAGAAGUAAACAAGUCACAGAAGCAACAGAAGAGGACUACAUACGAUACGCUCACGGUUUGCUGUCAGAUUAUAUUUCCAGUGGUCUAAAUGCAGAGCUCUUCAAGUUCUUGAAGUUGCCAGCUAUUUCAACCAACGCAACAUUAAAUGAACCACCAUCUAAGGUGGCAGUCCAGCAACGCACUCGAAAGAAAACAAGUGUGCAAAGAUGACCUGAAGUGUUGAUUUUAAUCCAAUUCAGUGAGUGAUGGUGUGGAAUUUGGUGUAACAGAUUUAAACUGCUGUCAGAUUUAUUUCUGCAUUUCCCUUUCAUUGAUUUCCUUCACUAUUAUGAGCUGUGGCUGUGGGGUGCUGGGUUGUAGAUGCAAUACUCUUUAAGCUACUUCAUUUUUUGAUCUUUCAAAUGAGACCUUGGGUGCAGUUGGCGGCAUGGAAAAUUACUACCUGUGGUAAUACAGAACAAGUAUUCUUUUCAAACACUUGACACAUUCAGAGGGCUCUGCAAUUUCUGAAUUACCUAAGAAUGUACAAGACUCCUAGUCCAUAUCUCCAAAUGCAGAACACACCAAUAUCAAUUCCCCAGUUUUCCUAUCAAAAAGCCUGUAUAAUUAACAAAAUGAAUGAAGGUAUGAGCAUUAUUAUUUCAACAUUUACUUCAAAUAUCUCCCACUUUUAGUAGACCUAUCUGAUUUGUGCAUUCCUUUUCCCCAGUUAACUUCAUAAAUUCAACCUCGCCUACAUCUGUUGACAUGCCAAACUUGAGAGAGCUGUGACAAAACUAAAAGCCGAUGUCCCGAACUGCUCUAAUGGCAGACUUGGGUAUGUUUCGAGAGCUGGGAAAGCCAACUAGAAAUGGUUCGAGAGGAUUUAGCCAGAAAGGAUUGGUCCUUCGUGUCCUUGAAGCAACUCUUCUGAAGACAUGUGGCAUUAACUCGAGGUCAGCUUCUGGCAAGGAAACCUGUUAAUUGCAAUGUGCUAUACUCAUUCAGGUGAUGAACUUGCACUCCAGUUUGAAGAAGCACUAAGAUUAGAUACCCUGGGUGGGGAUCUUUACUGUCCAACUGCUUAUCUGACUGAACUGUGAAGGGAAAGUGGUACAGAUUGAGCUGCUGCCUCAGCUCUAGUAGGUUCAAGCCCGACCUCUGGUGCUGUCUUAAGGAUUUUGCACAUACUUUCUCUGACCACGUGGCUUUCCACUAGGUGUUCCAGCUUCCUCUCUCAACCCACAUGUAUACUGUUUGGCUGCUUAGUCGAUUGUUACAAGUGUAUGUAAGUGAGUAGUAGAUAUUGUGGGGCUAAUUGAUGGUAAUAUGGGAAAAAUAAAUAGAGUAUUUUACUCAGUUCUGGUUGCCUCAUUAUCGGAAGGAAGUUUUAGAGAGGGAGCGGAGAAGAUUUACCAGGAUACUGCCUGGAUUAGAGAUCAUGUCUUAUGAGGAUAGGUUGCGUGUGCUAAGGCUUUUCUCUUUGGUGCAAAGGAGGAUGUGCAGUGACUUGAUAGGGGUGUAUAGUAUGAUAGAAGGCAUUGAUAGAUUGGACAGCCAAAGACCUUUUCCCAGGGCAGAAAUAGCUAAUACGAGAGGGCAUAAUUUUAAGGUAUUUGGAGGUAAGUAUGGGGAGGGUGUCAGAGGCUGGAUUUUUACAAAGAUAAUGGUGAGUGCGUGGAACACGCUGCCAGUGAUGUUGGCAGACGUAGAUGCAUUAAGGACAUUUAAGAGACUUAGAUAGGCACUUUGAUAAAAGAGAAAUGGAGGACUAUGUAGGAGGGAAGGGUUAGACUGAUCUUGGAGUAGCUUAGAAGGUCAGCACAACAUCAUGGGCUGAAGGGCCUGUACCGUGCUGUACUGUUCUAUGUAAUAAAAUGGAUUAGGGCAGGAUUAAGUGUUUGAAAACGGGUGCUUGAUGGUCAGAGCAGACGGUGGGCUUAAGGACCUGUAUCCGUUCGGUACCUCCUUAUGACUCAGUAACACCGUUGCUAUUAUCAGCAUUUGACAGCUACUGAAAACAAAUUGAUUCUCUCCUCACCAACCUACCUGUUGUAGAUGCGUCUGCCCAUUAAUAAUACUGGUAGAAGUGAUUACGACACUGUCCUGAGGAAAUGAAAGUCAACUUCACACUGAAGACAAUUCUCGUCAUGCCAUUCAGUAAUUCCACAGUGUUAAGUGGAAUAGAUUUAAAAAAAAAGUCACAGCUCAAAACCAGACUUCCAUGCUACAUAUACCAAGCAGCAGCAUUAGAAUCAGAACAGUAUUCCACAACAAUCUGCAUGUUGCUUUAUAUCCUAUUUUAUCCUUCACUCUGCCAUAAUCAAGUCUGGGGAUCAAUCUUGAUUCAACGUGGUGUGUAAAAGCAGAUGAUGGGAGCACCAUUUGGUAAGCUUGAAAUUGAAGCCCUCACCUUCUGAUGGGUUAUAAGUGCAGCACUAACACAGCAUGCCACAGAGAGAACUAAAUAAUAUGAUUUGUGGACCAGACAAUAGUCCUGCAUUUCUACUGCAUUCUGUAACGAAAUGAUGGUGGACAUUUAUACAAAUUAUGAACGGACAUAGCUCCUAUGUGGAGUCCAGCACAUGAGUGCAAAAGACAAUGCUGAACUGUUUGCAACCAAUCUCAAUCAGAAGUGUUGAUCCAUUCGGAUUCUUUGUGAGAUUCCUACCAUCAUGUUUCACUCCAUGUAAUAUCAAGAAACUGUUUGAAGCACUAAAGUUAGCAAUGACUAUAGGACAGAUCAACACCCCAGCUGCAGUGGUGAAGACUUGUGCUCAAUAGCUAGCCAUGCCAUCAACUCUUCCAGUGUUUCUGUUUCAUAUGGCGUUUGUUCACACUUCUAAUUGAAGUGUGGCCCAGAAGGAGCAGGCAUGAAUCUGCCCGUUCGGAGGCCAGGGUUGGAGUGAUCUUUGUCCACGGCCAUUCCAACAUGGGUGGCCCUGAGUUUGCAAUGCCUGAUGGAGUCCUUGAAGCACUCAAACUUCCACAUGACAUCAACGUGUUGAUCCAUUUCGUGGAGGAGCUUUUACAGUACAACCACAAUAAUACCAUCUAUCCAACGAUGUGGAAAGUUAUCGAGGGAUUAGAUUCGAUUAUGGGGACACUCAGUCCUCGUUUAUUGUCAUUUAGAAAUGCAUGCAUUAAAAAAUGAUACAAUGUUCCUCCAGUAUGAUAUCACAAGAAACACAGGACAAACCAAGACUAAAACUGACAAAACCACAUAAUUAUAACAUAGUUACAACAGUGCAAAGCAAUACCAUAAUUUGAUAAAGAGCAGACCAUGGGCACGGUAAAAAAAAGUCCCAAAGUCCCGAUAGACUCAUCAUCUCAAGCAGGCGGCAAAAGGGAGAAACUCUCCCUGCCAUGAAUCUCCAAGCAUCGCCAACUUGCCGAUGCAGCCUUUUCGCAGUAAGGUCUAAUCUAUUCUGAUCAUAUACUGUACUGCAAUAUUUGCCUAUGCAAAAUCAUCUGCAAAGUGAUGGAAGGAGCCUUCAACAGCACUAGUAAAUGCUUCUUGAUCAUUAACUUGCACACAAAUGCUUUGAUUGGGAUUUUACCAGGAUUACUCACCUCCAAAACUCACUACACAUGGUGAAAGAGCUGAAUUCUAGGCAUGCAAUAUACGUAACUGAACUUGAUGUCAAAGCGGAUUUGGACAAGUGAGGCACUAAGAACCUAGUAAAAUUGAAGUUAGUAUAAAGUGAGGGAGAAUCUCUUGUCUGGAUGGAGUCACACCUGGCACAAAAGAAGUUAGUUGUGAUUUUUAGAGCCAUAGAAUAUCACUAGAGGAGUUCUUCAUGGCAGUAUCUUAAGGCCCAACCAUCUUCAAAUAUUUAAUCAAUAGCAAUCCCUCCAUCAUAAGGUCUGUGAUAAUUGCAGAGUGCCCACUCCUUUGUCUUACAUAGUGCAGUAGUUCAAGCCCAAACACAGCAAGACCCAAACAUCAUUCAUACUUGGGUUGAUAAAUGGCAAGUAACACUUGCGCCGCAGAAGUGGGAGACAAUAUAGUCUCAGACAAGAUAGCACCCAAUCAUCUUGACAUUCAAUGGCAGUACCAAUGUUAACUCCCUUGCGUCCUUCACCACAUCUAAUAUCUCCUGCAAUCCCACCCCACCUCUGGCAAUGAUUUCCUCACAGUACACUCCGACGUGUACCAAUGAUGAACGUUGAACUUGUUAACCUUGUUUAAUGAGUCAUUACCUUUGUUCUAUGUUUGUAACAAUUUCUCCCUAAUACUCUAACACAACUAUGACUAAAAAUUCCCUUACACACCCUUUGAAAACUGGUCAUUUCCUUCAGUGCAGCUCAUGUGAUCAGGACUUUAUUACAAGAUAAUUAAGAAUUAGAAAAAAAUAUUUGGUACACCUUUAUCGAGCCAGCAAACCACUCCUCCUCUUUGCUACAUCUUUUUGCUUUUCAAUGUUUACAAGGUUUUCAUCUUUACUGAUGUGGUUGAAGCAUCUGUAAUCUGUAAUAUUGUGCCUGAAACUUACUUGUCAAAACACAGUAAGUAGAAUUUAGAAGAGCUUUUAAUAAGAAACUGAUGUGAUGUUUGAAAGCAUAUACUGUAUAUUUGUGACAGUCUAAAGAUGAAUAUGACUGGAAAUGUUAUUGGUGUUAGAUGGGCUGAAUAUCCUCUGUUUAUUUUAAUUCCCUGAAUGAUUUUUAAAGAACAUAUAUUUUGUAAAUCCUGUUGUAUGCUUGCUUUAAAUAAAAGCUGUUGAAGUUUAAUUGCAAGGGGGUGAAACGAGAAACACUUUCAUGCACUGAGAUCUUACAAUAUGGAAUUUGCUGCCUGAAAUAGAAACAGCCAGAAAUGGAGAGCUCAAGUCACUAUGUCCAAAAAUCUGUCCAAGCUUUUUAUAGAUGUUUGGCACAUUGUUUAACUCGGCUUUCGGACUAGACAACUCUGGAGGUUUACGUUUGUUACACAAUCUCUAAGGGUUUCCACAGCAUCCACAAACAGUCAUUCACUGUUGUUAUAUGUGAUCAUUGUCAGCAAGUGAAACCUCGCCUCAGGCUCUGUAUAAGAAACUCUUGCAUAAAACAAAUCAUUUGUACUCAUCCUUUGUUGUAACUGCUGAUGCUUUGAAAAUAAAUGUUGGUAAAAUUAAAAAGCUCA